AUGUCAGAUCAGUAUAACCAAGAUAACUUGAAUCAGGAUUUUCAAAACUCAUCGCUUGGUGGAAACCAGUCUCAGCAGCAACAACAACAAUCACAGCAACAAGGCUACUACGAUCCUAACCAAGCCCAAGCGUUUGUCCCAUCAGGCGGAUAUCAGCAAUUUCAAGCUUACCAACCACAACAACAAUAUGGUGCUUACACUCCUGGGCAAGGUGGAUAUCAACCAAAUUACAACAACAAAGGAGGUUACCAACAGUAUAACAAUAGAGGUGGAUAUCAACAAUACAACAAUAGAGGUGGAUACCAGCAAUAUGGCGGAUAUCAGCAAAACCAACAAUAUGGUGGAUAUCAACAACAACAACAACAACAACAAUAUGGUGGAUAUCAAGCUUAUAACCCACAAGCUUCUCAACCACCACAACAACCAACUGGUAUGUCAUUAGCCGAUUUUGAGAAACAAAAAUCAGCUCAACAAUCAUCUUUGAACAAGCCAGUGAAGAAGACCUUGAAGUUAGCACCAUCAUCGGGUAUCAAGUUGGCCAACUCCAGUAAAAAAGAAGAUGCUAGUGCAACUCCACCUGCUGCUUCAAAAGAAUCAUCACCAGCUCCUAGUGUAGACGAGAAGAAGAAAACCGAGAUUGAAGUCAAAGAGACAAAGAAGGACGCUGAUGCUUCCAAAGCUGAAGCACCAUCAACCGCAGCAGUUGAAAAGCCAGUAGAAAAGCCAAACAAGGAAUCAACACCAACUCCAAAAGAGACUACGCCUGCCCCAGCAAAAUCAAAGCAAUCUACUCCAGUUCCAGCAAAAGCACCUACUUCAGUAACUGCUGACACUGUUGCCAAGGAACAAGAAGAUGAAGUUGAUGAAGAAGUUGUCAAGGAUAUGUUUGGUGGUAAAGACCAUGUAUCAAUUAUCUUUAUGGGCCACGUUGAUGCUGGUAAGUCAACUAUGGGUGGUAAUAUCUUGUACUUGACUGGGUCUGUUGACAAACGUACAGUUGAAAAAUAUGAAAGAGAAGCCAAAGAUGCUGGUAGACAAGGUUGGUAUUUAUCAUGGGUUAUGGAUACCAACAAAGAAGAAAGAAAUGACGGUAAGACAAUUGAAGUUGGUAAAGCAUAUUUUGAAACCGACAAGAGGAGAUAUACUAUAUUGGAUGCACCAGGUCACAAAAUGUAUGUUUCUGAAAUGAUUGGUGGUGCUUCUCAAGCUGAUGUUGGUAUUUUGGUCAUUAGUGCUAGAAAGGGUGAAUAUGAAACUGGGUUUGAGAAAGGUGGACAAACUAGAGAACAUGCACUUUUGGCUAAGACCCAAGGUGUUAACAAGAUUGUUGUUGUUGUGAACAAAAUGGAUGAUCCUACUGUUAACUGGUCACAAGAAAGAUACAAUGAAUGUACCACUAAGUUAGGUGUGUUUUUGAAGGGAAUUGGCUACAAUAAGGAAGAUAUUAUAAACAUGCCUGUAUCUGGUUAUACCGGUGCUGGAUUGAAAGAUAGAGUUUCUGCCAAAGACUGCCCAUGGUACACUGGUCCAUCCUUGUUGGAAUUUUUAGACAAUAUGAGUACCGUUAAUAGAAAAAUUAAUGGUCCAUUCAUGUUGCCAAUUUCCGGUAAGAUGAAGGAUAUGGGUACUGUUGUUGAAGGUAAAAUCGAAAGUGGUCACAUUAGAAAAGGAGGUAGCUUAUUGAUGAUGCCCAACAAGACCCCAAUUGAAGUCAUUACCAUUUACAAUGAAACUGAACAGGAAUGUGAUACUGCAUUCAGUGGAGAGCAAGUUCGUUUGAAGAUUAAAGGUGUCGAAGAAGAAGAUUUACAACCAGGUUACGUGUUAACAUCACCAAAGAAUCCAGUCAAGACAGUCACUAAAUUUGAAGCCCAAAUUGCCAUUGUUGAAUUGAAAUCAAUUUUAUCUAAUGGGUUUUCAUGUGUUAUGCAUUUACAUACAGCAAUUGAAGAAGUUACAUUUGUUGAAUUGAAACAUAAAUUGGAAAAAGGUACCAAUAGAAAAUCAAAAAAACCACCAGCAUUCGCCAAAAAGGGUAUGAAGAUUAUUGCCGUUUUGGAAUGUAAUGAACCGGUUUGUGCUGAGACUUAUAAUGACUAUCCCCAAUUGGGUAGAUUUACAUUGAGAGAUCAAGGUACUACUAUUGCUAUUGGUAAGAUUACUAAAUUGUUGAAAUAA